AUGAAAAAGGCCGCGACAGAAAGCGUAAAAGCAAGCGAGCCAGCACAAAUUGAAGAUAGUAACGCAGUAGAAGAGAAGUUCUGUGCUUUGAUAGCCUUCUCGUUCGCCGAGAGGGAGCUGUUCUCUGGCAUUUUGGUUGAGAGACGUGGAAAUGCAAGAUUUAGGCGGUGGAAGCCCAGCUGUAUCCAUCACAUCAGACAACACCUCCAUAAUAUGGCAAACGUUACUGCCUAUCGGCUUCACCACACAGUAGUCGGCCUCAGCUACCAAUUAGUAAACCAGGCUGAUGAAAAGCAAGCACUUCUAGAUAGGACUCACGCACUGCAAAUUCAGAAUUCGGUGAUCCAGAAAGAGAAGGAAUGUUUAGCCAGACAAACCCAGGACAAUCUACGGGAGACGCACCGACGCGUAAAACAAGUGGAUGAACAAAUCAAGGAUAUGAAGAGGGCUCUCAACAAUAUAGCGACCUUGGCGUCCAGCUUCAAAAGCGAGGCCAGCGCAAACAGCAAAGAAUUCGACUUCGCUGAACAUAUCCUCAAUCAAACCCAAAAAUAUAUCAGGAACAAGCCGGCAGUGUCUACAGUGAGGCUUGCGCCAGAACCGUCUUCGGAAAGUGCUACAAUGGAGGAGGGCUGGACGAUGUCUUCCGAUGAGCGAUUGAACGAUGAGUAG